GGCAAAUCAACAUGGCUGCGUAUUGUGUGCACUUCUGAAAAAGAAGUCUUUGCACCAGCGAAUAUUUACGUUUUGCCCUUUAACAAUAGAUUUUAGACCACAGUGGUGGUCCCCAAGAUGGACCCUAAUUGGAAUACAGCCAACUAUGCGUACGGCCCGGGGUAUGUGGCCAACUUCCAGUAUGAUCCUGCACAGAUGGCAUACAUGCAACAGCAGGGGUACGACAUGACAGGGCAGUAUGCUGCGGCACCAUACACCGAGCAGUACAGCACCGGUCAAUAUGCCGCAGGCCAGUACGAUGCCUACGGUAAUAUACAGCAGUAUGAAACCUACCAAGGCUAUGGCAACCCUCAGGUUAACAAUAUGUACAUGUCCUUCAACACUCAAACUCCUGGGACUGUGCCAGCGAAGCCUGAUGAGAACACAGGAACGAUUGCCUCAUAUUCCACUGCCCAAACUGAUGCCCCAGGCUGCUACCCAGGGCUGAAUGCCAAUAAGGCUGCCACCGAAACAGCCCUGGUUGCAACAGCCUCCAAAAAACCUGAAGAAUUGCCUCCCCCACCCCCUCCAGCAGGGUCCCCACCCCCGCCCCCACCUCCCCCUCGAGGAGACUCCCCUCCCCCUCCUCCCCCUCCCAAACCAAGAGCCAAACCUAGCAUGAACAAAGUCUCCAUCAACAUUUCGUCGUCGUUCUCGAAAGCUUUGACAUCUCAAAUCCAGUCGGGGCCUUCAGGAUCAUUGCCAUCAGCUUCUAAAACAAAUGUGAAACCCCAAAUUAAAAAGGCCCCUCCAUCUAAAGAUCCUGGACCAUCUAAAGUUGCUGGAACAUCUAAAAAUCCUGGGGCAUCUAAAGUUGCUGGGCCAUCUAAUGUGGGCGACCCAGGCAAAGUAGCUGAAUCAUCUAAAGUUGCCGGAUCAUCUAAAGUGUCCGGACCACCUAAUGUGGCCGGAUCAUCUAAAGUGGCUGGUCCACCUAAUGUGGCCGGAUCAUCUGUAGUGGCUGGUCCACCUGAUGUGUCUGGAUCAUCUAAAGUGGCUGGACCACCUAAAGAUCCUGGACCAUCUAAUAUGGCUGAAUCAUUGAAAGUAGUUGAAGAAUCUAAAGUGACUGAACCAUUUAACGUGGCCGAACCACCAAAGGAAGCUGGACCAUCGACAGUGUCUGAACCAUCUAUAGUGUCUGAACCGUCUAAAGUGGUUGGACCGUCGAAAGUGGUUGAGCCACCUAAGGUGACUUUGCCAUCAAGAAUGAUCAUACCCUCUAAAAAGUCAAUACCUGGUAAGAAGAUUGUACCCCCUAAAAAUCCGGUACAAGAGGAGGGAGAAGAAAGUGAAGAGGAAGAGGAAGAAGAGCAUCCUUUGAAGAGAGGACAGAGUAGAAAACUGACAUUCCAAGAAAAACGUAUGAGUUCACUCUCUGCACUCCUCUGUCAUUUCGAAGGCGCAAGCAGCCAACCUCAACAGGAACCAGAGGAAGAGGAGGAGGAAGAAGAGGAGGAGGAAGAAGAGGAAGUAGCAGAAGCCCCAAAGCCCCAAAAUAAAAAUGUAGUGACAUUUGAAGAAAAACGAGCUAGUUCUUUGGCUGCCUUUCUUGGCAUGGUUCAAGAAACAGAAGGUAUGGAGCCGACAGCCAUGACAACAGGUCCCCCGGUAAAGAAAUACCCCAAGCCCUCCAAGGGUCCCGAGGUCAUUCCAGAUAUGACCCCGCCACCCUUUAUGAUGUGUCCUGUAAGUUCUGGUAAAGGAAUUGGGGAUUCUUCAAACCCCAUUGCUCUAUCAACACAGGCCAUGCAAUCGUUUCAGCAGAAGAAGGUCAAACAAGUUAAGGAAAACCUAGUUGAAAAAGAAAAGCAGACCAACACUCAGUGGAACUGGUUAGGAAUCCGCAAUGCACAUGGAAAGAAGAUGGACGCUGCCCACGUGACGGGACAAGGGGGCGGCAACCCGCAUGGUUACGGCUCCCAAGUCCCUGGUCUCACAGCCAGUGGGAAAGACAAGAGUGAAUUUAAUUUCUUUUAUAAAGUUCCCAAAGAAGCUUAUUCCUGCCCCGAAGAUCUACGUGGCGUUUCCAAAAAGAAAGCUGUUCGUUUGGAAACGUUGGUGAGACUGCGUUACUGUAAGCUGUGCAGCAUUGUGUUUCCGAAUACGUUUUCCGCUAAGCAGCAUUACGAGGGGAAGAAGCAUUAUAUCAAGCUGCGGACGUACAUCCUGAGCAGCGAACGCAAGGAUGAGGAUGGGAAUCCCAUGUGUUGUAAAGUGUGCAAUGUGAUAUACUCGGAUGAACACCAUAAGGAGGUGCAUGUCAAUGGAAAGCCUCAUGCCAAGAGAGUGUUGACUCUCAAGCAGAAAGGCAUCAUUCCAUUCGAUGCUCCGAUUAAUGACCCCAUGGUGAAGGGACCGGCGUUCAAGGACGAGAGUGAUGACGAAGAUGAGAUUACACUGGGGGAUGCUCAGGCGUGGGACAUGACGACCAUCAACUCCACGGAACGGAUGUGCCCGAUCUGCAAGGUUGGCUUUUCGUCAGUGUACUCCGCCCUCCAGCAUUACCACGGCAAGCUGCACGACAAGCGGCUCAGCGGCGCCGCCACACAACGCAAACUGACUGUCGAUGACAUAAUCAUACUGGGAGCUGAUGAGGUGAAGUAUGAAUGCAUUGUGUGCAGUGUAAGCCUCAACUCACGGGAGAGCCUCAACGAACACAUCUGUGGCUACAAACAUCAGACCAAACUCAAGUCUCGCCAAGUCUUUGCAAAAGCGGCAGGAAAACCUGGCACUAGAGGGGGGAUGAGAGGUGGGGGGAGAGGUGGGGGCGUGAGUGGC